ACGAGGGUGCAGCAGCGGGCGAUACCGCACAUCCUUCGCGGGGAGGACGUCCUGAUCCGCGCCGAGACGGGUUCGGGGAAGACACUCGCGUACAUGUGCCCGAUCUUGGCGGCGCUGGGCGGGAUCGUCCCGAGGAUCACCCGCGAGGACGGCACGAGGGCGCUGGUCAUGGUGCCGACGCGGGAGCUCGCGGCGCAGGUGCUGGACACGGCGGCGAGGCUGGGCAAGUGCUACCACUGGGUCGUGUGCGGCGGCGUGAUGGGCGGCGAGAACAAGCAGAAGGAGAAGGCGCGUCUGAGGAAGGGCGUGAGCGUCCUGGUCGCCACGCCCGGUCGCCUGUUGGACCACCUGAGGCACACCACCGCGUUCAGAGCCGACUUACUUCGAUGGCUCGUGCUGGACGAGGCGGAUCGGAUGCUCGACGUCGGCUUCGAGGAGGACCUGAACGCCAUCCUCGCCGACUUGAACCGACGAACGGAGAACGCGGGGGAGCGGGGAACGAGGUGCACCGCGCUGCUGUCCGCGACGUUGACGGCGGGGACGAGCCGAUUGGCGGAUCUGGCGAUGGUGGAUCCGGUGACGAUCGAGAUUGAUCCGGAGGAACCCGAGUACGAACUCGCCCUCGCCGACGCCAAACAGAUGAUCGUGCGCAUGCCCGAGCAGCUCAGGCACACCGCCGUCGAGGUCCCCGCCAAGUGUAGGCUCGCCGCGCUGGCGGGGCUGCUGGCGGGGUGGAUGCAGGGCGCGGUCCCGAAGGUGAUGGUGUUCCUGUCGUCGUGCGAGUCGGUGGAAUUCCACUACAGGGUCCUGUCGUGGCUCGCGUCGGGCGGCAAGGCGAAGAAGGGGGCCAAGGGGCCAAGGGGAGCCGGCGACGUCGACGCGGGGGGAUAUUCCGUGUUUCGUCUCCACGGCGUCCUCUCGCAGACCGACCGCCGAGCCGUCUACCAGGGCUUCAGCAAGGCCACCGCGGGGGUGUUGCUGUGCACCGACGUGGGCGCGCGGGGUUUGGACUUUGUCGGCGUCGGCGCCACCGUCCAGGUGGAUCCCCCGUCGGACCCCACCACGUACGUGCACAGGGUCGGUCGAACCGCUCGACUCGGCGCCGAGGGCGAGGCGGUUUUGUUUCUUCAACCCCGCGAGGUCGAGUACGCGACGGUGCUGGGCGAUCUCGGCGUGAACUUCUGCGCGGCGUCGGUGCCCGCGAUGCUGGACGUGCUGGAUGGCGCCGCGGGUGGCGGGGGAGGAGGAGGGGAUUUCGAGCGUAACCCUCACCUCCAUCCCGCCGCGCAGAAGCUCCAGCGGAAACUCCACGCGGAGGUGUCCGGAGAUAAGGAGUUGCUCACGCUGGCCAAGGACGCGUUCAGGUCGUACGUUCGGUCCUACGCGACGUUCCCGAGCGACAUGAAGCACAUCUUUCACGUCAAGAGGCUGCACCUGGGCCACGUCGCGAGCGCGUUCGGGUUGAAGGAGGCGCCCGGCUUGAUCGGCAAAUCCGCGACGAGGGAGCGGCUGCAGGCGGCUAAGGACGCCAAGCGCAAG